AUGAAUGAUGAGCUUGCAUGUUAAUUAGCGAUGGGGUUUGGGACAGAUUUUCAGGGGAAAGAAUCCCACGAGUCACUCCUCCGUAUCCAGGACUGUGAGAUCCGCGUCCUAGACAACAUCAAACGGUGUCUAGCAGUCCGCAUUGACAGUGACAAAAAGUAUGCGGCUUCUCUCAACACUAUUGUACAGAGCGCCCAGAAACUUGACACCAAUGAAUUCCAAGCUCACUGCUCAGUGUUUAAGGGCUGGGACACCAUUGUGAGACAAACUGACCGGUUUGUAAAACUACUGAGACAGAAUGUGGAAGAGAUGUCGUCAAAGACAAUGGAGAAAUUAACGGACCUCAUCAAUGAAAAAAAAGCCUCUAGACGUUUGUAUCAAGAGGAACGUAGCAAACUGGACCAGGAGUUCUCAAAGGUUCAGGAGGAUGUAAAUAAGUACAAACAGGAGUAUGGGAAAUGUUUACAGCGGGUCAGUCAGGACCAAUCCAAGUUCAAUGAUGUCAAGGCUAAAGGUAAAUCUGGAGCCAAACUGGAGGAUGUAAAGAAAAAGUUGCAGCGAUCAACGGCAACUCUUCACCGUGUCCAUAACGAGUAUGUGUUGUCACUGCGUGAGGUUAUGGCCCAUCAAACUUGUUAUCUUACACAGUCCCUACCUACCUUCCUGGACAGUCAACAGACAACACAGGAACAGCUGGUGUAUCAAUGUAAAGAUGUGCUAACAGAGUAUCACAGACUGACAAACUUCACAAACCAAGAAUUUACAAACGUUUUCACGACGAUAGAAGAAUCAAUUGGAAACAUUGUCCCAGAAAUAGAAUAUACUGACAAGUUUAUGGCAGAGUACAGAACUGACCCUAUAGAAGCGACAACAUUUGAGUUUGAUGCUGGCUUACUUGAUGAUUACCAGGGCACAUUAGUGGAAAAAAAAUUAGCAGUUGAUGAUCUAACUCACGAUGCACUCAAAGUUAGGCUAGCAUCAUUAGAGGAGGAGUUAACAUCCCUUCAGCAAAGUUUGAAGGAAAAGGAACCGAAAGUAGAAGAAAUAGAAGAUGAAUUAAUUGAUCUUAGGAACAAAAGUAAAAUGGAUCCAUUACUUCAACAGGAACUAUGCAAACAGAAGCGAGAUCGUGAUAAAGCCUUCUAUGAUCUGACAGUGACAAAGGUCAAGGUCGCAGUAUUAGAGGAAAUGGUAACAGCAUUGUCAAAUGAUCUAGAGGCUGUUGGUGAGGAUAUUCCAUCAGCCAUGUUGGAUUCCAGCAUGGUGUCUGAUCGCCAGUCUAUAAGUGAUCUGUCCACGUCUCCGCCGACGCCGUCUCCACUACCAGGUAUGAGUAAGCUCAAGAACAUAAAACGACACAUGACUGGCGUUUUGCAACGUCGACAAGGAGGAGACAAAGAAGAGCGUGAGACGGAGAAGGUCCACAGCUAUGAGGAACAGUCUCUGGACCACAUAAAUGGCCCUGGACUGACCAGUACUAAUAAUUGCACGGGUGCUGAGGCCCUCGCUGACCCGAGUCGGCCUUUAGAAGAGGAGGAGUGGUUCCAUGGAGUACUACCACGAGAGGAGGUACAGCGUCUCUUGGUUAACGAUGGCGAUUUCCUCGUUAGGGAGAGCAAAAACCGCAAAACCAAUGAGACACAAUAUGUCUUGUCUGUGAGCUGGCAGGGAUAUAAACAUUUCAUCAUACAAUACGGGGAGGGCGGUUGGAGAUUUGAGGGGCCGUCCUUUCCUACGAUCCAUGAGUUGGUGAACUACCAGUAUAAGAUUGGAACUGAUGUGACAAGUAAAUCAAGAGCCAUCCUGAAGAAACCGAUCCUUCGGGAACAGUGGCAGUUAAAGAACGACGACAUCGCUCUGGAAAUGAAAAUUGGAAAUGGUAACUUUGGUGAGGUAUACCGUGGCAUAUACAAACUAGGGAACAAGACUGUGGCAGUGAAAACGUGUCGAGACACGUUGUCCGAGGAUCAGAGGAAAAAAUUCCUCAUGGAAGGACGUAUCCUGAAGCAGUAUGACCAUCCAAACAUCGUCAAAUUUAUCGGAAUCGCUGCUCAACGACAACCAGUGAUGAUUGUGAUGGAAUAUGUUGCUGGUGGCGCUCUGCUGACCUUCCUGAGGAAGCAGGGAAAGCAUCAGACCAAGAAACAGCUUACCCAGAUGUGUGAGGAUGCAGCGAAGGGUAUGACGUAUUUGGAGAGCAAGAGCUGUAUACAUCGGGACCUAGCAGCUCGUAACUGUCUGGUGGGUGACAGCAAUGUGGUGAAGAUCUCAGAUUUUGGAAUGUCCCGCGAGGAAGAGGAAUAUACUGUUUCUGAGGGGCUCAAACAAAUCCCAAUCAAAUGGACCGCUCCUGAGGCUCUUCUUUAUGGUAAAUACACAUCGCUUUGUGAUGUAUGGAGCUUUGGAAUCCUCAUGUGGGAAGUUUUCUCUGGUGGUCAGACGCCUUACUCUGGUAUGACCAAUAACCAGGCCAGGGAGAGAGUGGACGAUGGAUACCGGAUGCCAGCACCAGAGGGCACUCCAGAUCUAGUUUACAAGUUAAUGCUCAAGAUAUGGGAAUACGACACGUCCAAGAGACCUCACUUUGCUGAGGUGAUGAAAGAAUUGACAAACAUUAUCAGAAAGUUAUAA